AAAGAAGAAGAAGAAGAAGAAGAAGAAGAAGAAGAAGAAGCACCACCCUUCACUGGUGAGACGUCAUUGCGAAUCACAUGACAGGUCACCUCUCUGCUUGUACUGAAAAACGUCCAGUAAUCAUGCCAACCACGCAGCAGUCAGCUCAGGAUGAACAAGAGAAGCUUCUGGAUGAAGCUGUUCAGGCUGUCAAGGUCCAGUCAUUCCAGAUGAAACGAUGCUUGGAUAAGAACAAACUGAUGGAUGCUUUGAAGCAUGCCUCCAACAUGCUAGGUGAACUGAGAACAUCCAUGCUCUCUCCAAAAAGCUACUAUGAGUUAUACAUGGCCAUUUCUGAUGAACUGCACUAUCUCGAGGUUUAUUUGACCGAUGAGUUUGCCAAGGGACGCAAGGUGGCAGAUCUUUAUGAGCUGGUCCAGUAUGCUGGGAACAUCAUACCCAGGCUCUAUCUUCUGAUCACAGUGGGCGUAGUGUAUGUUCGCUCCUUUCCCCAGUCUCGCAAAGACAUCCUGAAAGACUUGGUGGAGAUGUGUCGUGGCGUCCAACACCCACUCAGAGGUCUCUUCCUGAGAAAUUAUCUGCUGCAGUGUACCCGUAACAUUCUUCCAGAUGAUGGAGAACAAGUGGAGGGCUCAGAUGAGAUGACUGGAGAUAUUAAUGACUCCAUAGACUUUGUCCUUCUGAACUUUGCUGAAAUGAACAAACUGUGGGUUCGGAUGCAGCAUCAAGGUCACAGCAGAGACCGAGAGAAGAGAGAAAAAGAACGACAGGAACUUAGGAUUCUGGUGGGCACCAAUCUAGUUCGUCUCAGUCAACUAGAGGGUGUGAAUGUGGAGAAGUACAAACAGAUUGUCCUUCCUGGAGUCCUGGAGCAAGUUGUGAACUGUAGAGACUCAUUGGCUCAGGAAUACCUAAUGGAGUGCAUUAUUCAGGUUUUUCCCGAUGAGUUCCAUCUUCAGACCCUGAACCCUUUUCUGCGUUCCUGUGCUGAGUUGCAUCAACAUGUCAAUGUUAAGAACAUCAUCAUUGCACUUAUUGACAGACUUGCUCUAUUUGCUCAUAGAGAAGAUGGUCCAGGUAUUCCACCUGAAAUCAAAUUGUUUGACAUUUUUUCUCAACAAGUGGCCACUGUUAUUCAAUCACGCCAGGACAUGCCAUCAGAGGACAUAGUAUCUUUACAAGUCUCUCUCAUCAAUUUGGCUAUGAAGUGCUACCCUGACCGUGUUGACUAUGUGGACAAAGUUCUGGAAAGCACGGUAGAAAUAUUUAACAAGCUCAACUUGGAACACAUAGCAACCAGUAGUGCUGUGUCCAAAGAACUUACCCGUCUUUUGAAGAUCCCAGUGGAUACCUACAACAAUGUGCUGAUGGUGCUGCAGCUCAAGCACUUCCCACCUCUCUUUGAAUACUUUGACUUUGAGUCCCGCAAGACCAUGAGUUGUUACGUACUGAGCAACACACUGGAGUCCAACACCAUUAUUGUUUCACAGGAACAGGUGGACUCAAUAUUAAGCUUGGUUUCCACACUGAUACAAGACCAGCCAGACCAGCCAGCUGAUGAUCCUGACCCCGAGGAUUUCGCCGAGGAGCAGAGUCUUGUUGGCCGCUUCAUUCAUCUUUUCCACUCUGAAGAUCCUGAUCAGCAGUAUCUUAUUCUUAAUACCGCCCGGAAACAUUUUGGUGCUGGAGGAAACCAGAGGAUCCGCUACACCUUGCCUCCUCUGGUGUUUGCUGCCUAUCAGCUGGCCUUUCGAUACAAAGCCAACUCAUCAGUGGAUGAUAAGUGGGAAAAGAAGUGCCAGAAGAUCUUUUCCUUUGCCCACCAGACUAUCAGUGCACUUAUCAAGGCUGAGCUUUCUGAGUUGCCUCUGCGACUGUUCCUGCAGGGAGCGCUGGCUGCUGGUGAAAUUGGUUUUGAGAAUCAUGAAACGGUGGCAUACGAGUUCAUGUCACAGGCCUUUUCUUUGUAUGAGGAUGAGAUUAGUGACUCCAAAGCCCAGCUGGCAGCCAUCACUCUGAUCAUCGGCACCUUUGAACGAAUGAGAUGUUUCAGUGAGGAAAAUCACGAGCCUUUGAGGACUCAAUGUGCCCUGGCUGCUUCCAAACUUUUAAAGAAGCCAGACCAGUGCCGAGCCGUCAGCAUAUGCGCCCAUCUCUUUUGGUCAGGUCGCAGCACUGACAAAAAUGGUGAAGAGAUACGUGAUGGGAAACGGGUGAUGGAAUGUCUAAAGAAAGCCCUGAAGAUUGCCAACCAGUGCAUGGAUUCAUCAUUGCAAGUCCAGCUUUUCAUUGAAAUCCUCAACAGAUACAUCUGCUUUUAUGAGAGGGAAAAUGAUGCGGUGACUCUCCAGGUACUAAAUCAGUUGAUCCAAAAGAUCAGGGAAGAUCUUCCUAACCUGGAAGCAAGUGAAGAAACAGAGCAGAUCAACAAACAUUUCAACAACACGCUGGAGCAUCUCCGUCUGCAGAGAGAGUCUCCCGAGUCCGAGGGACCUGCAUACGAGGGACUGGUCCUUUGAAACCAGUAAAGUUUGCCCUCUGUUACAUUUCAGGGAGCCAUGUAAAUGUAUCACUAUCAUAUUGUGACAUGCAUCUGCACGCCCACUUACUGAGAAACAUCAGGUAGGCCAGAAAUAAACAGAAAUGUAGAGAACUAAAUCACUCAGUCUUUCAUGUUAUUGUAUUUUCCUUUGUUUUAUUUACUUGUUACUUUCUCAAAUAUAUAUUUUUGUGCAGCUGGUUAGAUCAGUUAAUAAGCAUGUCAUUACUGCUAAAAUUGUCAGUCCUCCUAGCUGGACACAGGCCGUAUACGUUUAAUGCCUGUUGCUGUGAGAAAUUAAUUAUCUACAGAAUUGAACUGUGAUCUUCGAAAAUGUACAAUUUCACAGCUUUUUUGGUUAUUCAGAACGUGUCUGUAGCACAAAAUCUUCUUCCAAACUACAACACAUCAAAUGAUUUUGCUCCAAGGAAAGGAUUCCAAUUUACAAGUUUUCAAUUAAAAUGUAACCAAACAUUUGAACAAUGAGCUAAUAAAUAAACACUGCAUGAUUAUUGUUUGUAAUAAAUAAACUAAUUAAAUGUAGAAAAUGUCCUGGAU